CAGCACGUGGCGAGAAGUCUCCACUGUAGUCCACGAAACUUCUUGUGACGAACGGGACUUCGUCUUGAACUGACAUUCAGGUUAGUUCCUUACGUUUAGUUUUGAAGGGUAAGCAAAGGCGGUUUUGUUCAUAAAUGAUAAUUAUUGUUGCUUGCGGUUACCGUAUGCCGCAAAUUUUGACGCACGUGCAUUGCCAUCUUGGAGUUCAUUGCGUUGUGGCUGUGUGUGAAUAUUCAAGUCUGGGCAAUUCGACCAAAUAGACCUUGUUUUAUCCGCUAGUAAUUUGUUUUUUCCGUUCGUAAAAAUGUAAAUAGAUAAAGAUAUAUGUUCAUUAAGCUUUUAACAGUGCACCUGGUCGAAGGUUUGGGCUUACAAACACAGGAUCAAUUCAAUCAAUGGGCUUUUGCAUUAGUUCCAUACAAAUCCUUGUAAAUUUCGAAAUUUUCAAACUGUCGUGAAAUAUUUCCUUAAGUAAUAAGGGGCUCAAAUCUCCUUUUUAUUCACAACAGGCAAUUUGAGCCCUUAAAUGCAUAAGGGAAAGACGUAACGACAGUUUAAAAAUUUCAAAAUUUACAGGGAUUUGUAUGUAAAACCACUCAAACAUGACUGGGUGGCAAGUGUUUUUCCCAAGAGUUGUUGUAAUCUCCUUCUAAGUUUUGGCGGUUGUUGCAAUCGCUUCUUUUGAGAUAUACGGCUGACAUUUUACAGGUUAUCUAAUUUUAAUACUUCAGUUUCAGUUCCGACUUGACAAAAUUUUAAACCAUAUAAAUGAACUAUUUUCGUGUUUACAAAAAGUUGACCACAUGACCAACUAUUGCAAAAGGCCUAUUCAACCAAACUUUAUGGUAAAAUAAUUCCCUGUAGGUUAAGAAUUUACCGUGCUUGGUUACCCUCCAAAGUCUUCUUAAAUAUGGUAAAUAUGUUGAAGGAGGGAAGAAACAAUAGUGAAAAGCGAUAAUUAGGACCUCAUACUAUCUCAAAUUCAAUGAAAUUAGCAGUGUUACCAAUUGAUAAGUAGUGGACGUUGAAUUGAGUUUGCGCAUAAAACUCUUGUUCUUUAAUUCGCCUUACUUUUUCUCCCUUUCUAACAUUAACAUAUUUUGGAAAGAUUUCAGAGGGCAGCCAAGCAGAGUGAAUUCUUGCUUGCUGCAUGGGAAUUUGAUGUUAUGCUCAACUCAAGACAAUAGGGAAUCCCAGAGCAAAAAAUUAUCCAAAUCUGUGACAUGGCUUCAAUUUUGUGCCUACGUUAGACAACUUAAAAAGUUUUCAAUAUAGACAUGAAAUUUGGGAAUUUUAUAGUACACUCAGAUCACUUGCAGCCCUGAAAAAUUUUGAAGAAAAUCUAUCGACAUAUUUUGGUUCAAUCACUGUUUUCAUGAAAGAAGCCUAAAAAAUUACAGUUAUUUUCAGUGCUGUGUUUUACCCUGAUUCACAUGUUUUCAUGUUUUUCAAAAUCGUACAAGUCUACUUGCAUUUAGCCAUUUGUAGAGUGUAUAAAGGUCAUUUGAAAAACAAGUGAGUGAUAAGAACUUUUCAGAAACAUCCAAAAAGUAGCAAAUUUGUCUGCAUUAAGUCUUGUCUUCAGUUCAUGCAAAAUGUAUACCCUUUUUGUAGAAAUUCAGAGAUAUCUUGAAAUUCCUGUAAUAGAUUUUUGUGAAACUUCACACAGCAGAAGACAAGCACCCAAAGUAUCUGUAGUGAAAAGCAUUUCCAAAGAAAGUGCUGAUACAGGCUUAAAUUUGAUUUAGAGCUAAACCUAUUGUGAUGUUGUUGUCACGCGAUAUUUAUUGCCAACGAGCGGCCUCGCGAAGACUCGAAGCUGUGCGGCGGAAACCUAAUAGAGCUGUGCGCGAUUGUUCCAGGGCCAGAAAAAAUCUUGAAUCGAUGUAACGUAGACUAAUGUAAGGCAACCAUGAUGUGAUGCAGGACAGAGAAUGCAUUGUUUCGAGCGAACACAUGAUACAGAUCAGAGAAUCCACGAGCCAUGUGCGUGUUUGUGAUUCCCCUGCUCAUCCAGUCUUCAAUUAAUCGUUGGGUGGAUCAUUUCCAUCCUACGCGAUAUCUGUCGCAUUUGUGAGCUGGAAUUUUUAAUUGCAUACCGCUAAGAAAAAUAAUAAUGCAGCAAAAUUUUUGGUGUCUUUGAAGCAAAAUAAUUCGGAAGGCUUCAUAGGUGCACCAUGAAUUUUUUUAGCUUUAAAAAGAGACCAAAAUAAUAUAAGUCUACUACAUUGACUAUUUGCAGACUUUAAUACGAUUUUUUGAGGAUUUUAAGUUUGCUUAUAAGACCACUAAAUUUUAAGCAAAAUGACUUGAGCUCAACUUCGCACAAAACACGAACUUUAAUAUCUUGAAAAAUUUGCUGUGUAAAGUCAGGAUUUCAAGUUCUUUAUGCAGUAGAGCAGUUUAGUUCGCUAUUUUCAAAAGACAAAUUAAAGCAAGGGGCACACAUACACCAAACCCAUGAUCCGCCUUCCUCGCGCAUGUCGUGGGAGAACUGUUGUGUGGUUCCCAGCCAACAGCUCCCACAUGUGUUGUGUGAAGCUGGCACUUAAAGGACUCACCUCGGCAGGAAAGGGUCCUCAUACAUGGGUUUUCCUGGUCACUGCCCGACGGCUAUUGCCAUGCUGAUGAGCCCCAGUAAGCAAAGGGCGAAACAGCUGUCGAUGGCUGCCCCUGCCUGCGUGAUAUGGCUGUGCAAGGUAAUGUAUGUGUAUGUGUGCCCCUUGCUUUAAUUUAGUGGUAACUCAUUUGAUUCAGACGCCGACCUUUUCAUGUACUGAACCAAAUGCAUUUAUAAGUUAUUAUAACGUAUGUUGUAAAGUGCAUAUAUACGUAAUGUAUAUGUUGUAGUUAAUUUUUUAUCCCAGGUAAUUUUUAUUUUUCCUUUGUUUCAAUUUCAUUAGCAUACAUUACCAUACCCAAAAACAAAAGAAAAACAAAAAUUACCUGAGAUAAAAAAUUAACUACAACAUAUAUAUCACCCCAAAUUUGUCAAAAGGUAGAAUAACAAUAGAAAACUUGUAAUUUUAAAUAAACAGUGCUGCAGAUUGUCUUCUAUUUUAGAUUAAUCUCAAUCUUUUUAAAGAGUUUUAAAUACGUAGAGUUAAUAUCUUAGGCCAUGACUCUUUGGUCUUGGGGUGAGUAAUGUAUUUUGAGGCAUUGUUCUCCUUAAUAUGCCCAGCACACAUAACAAAGUUCAACAUCAUGGGGCUGGGUCUCUAAAAAGUGGAAAUUAAAACCAAACUGCUAAUAAAUAUCACUCUCAUGAUUAUGAUUUUUGUUUUUAUUAAAUAUUUAUUUUUGUUUGAAGGAAUCAUGAGGCACCGGAAACCUGAAAAAAGAAACAUGAAACCUGUAGAGGUAAUAACUUUAAAGCAGUAAAACCCCUUGCAAACAAUCACAGCAUACUAUUCCCUAACAUAAACCAUUUUUAUUGAGACUCAAUAUAAUUUAGCAACUCUGAAUAUUAAAAAGAUCAAAGUAGAAGUUGCUUUCUCUGAUAAUACCAGUGAUUACUAAGCUAGUUAGUUAACAUGUCUAUUACAGAUGCAGUUGUUCCAGCUAGUCUAAAAAAUGUGUCUCUGUCCCCUCAUCUCAAGAAGAGAUGAGUACCGUUAGUCCAAGUCAGAGGAAACUCAAUCACAGUUUUUCUCUCUCUUUUGGAGGUCAAACUCUAAUUCAAAGCAAUGUAACUAAAUUUCUUGAGGUGUACCUAGACGAACAUCUCGCUUGGAAAUAUCACAUAAACUUUGUCUGUAAACAAAUCGCUAAAUCAAUCAGUAUUUUAUCUAGGACACGUUUCUACUUAUCUUGUAUGACCAAACUCGCGCUGUUCUACACAUUAAUUUAUCCUUGUAUUGCUUAUUGUAACUCCACGUGGUCUUCCCUCAAAUACCCGUUGUAGAAAUGGGCCAAUUUUUGUGUCUAAUUUAAACAGAAUUUACUAUCUGCAAAAGUUUGGUCCUAAUACUUUCAAAUGGCUGCUUACAAAAGUGGAGCGAAAUAUUAUACCCGUUCUAGAAAAGCCUCUGAAAUGGAUACAAAUUCAGAAUAUCGAGCACAUACUGCUCCUCUAUUCUCCAAAUUGGAAAUUCUAGAUAUUUUCCAAGUUAUUACAAAUUCAGAAUAUUGAGCACAUACUGCUCCUCUAUUCUCCAAAUUAAAUUUAUGUUUCGCUACCACAAUAAUCUGCUGCCUCCACUCUUAAGCAAUCUGUUUAUGACAGACAGUCAAGUCCAUAGAUAUGACACAAGAACAGCUAGUAAUUAUUGAGUGCAUUCCUGUCGUACGAACAUCAAGAAAUUCACAAUUUAAGCAAUAGAAAACGGUUCCCUUGUUUGCAUAGCCUGAUAUAAACAUGAGAGGGGUUGGGAGAAUUCGAGACAGUUAUUUAAUGCAAACCCAAGACGAAGUGGAGAGUUUGCAUAACUGUCAAGAAUUAUCCUAACCCCUCGAGUGUUUAUAUCAGGCUAUGCAAACACAGGAAAAACGUUUUCUUCUGUUCGAGCCUUGAAUGAAAAGUGAUCUGAAAUAUUUCAUAUACUUGUGAUUUUGCCCUCAAGUUUUCCCUUUUCUUCCUGACAGUGCUCGGUUCAUGUUUGGCUUUCAGUUUCAAAAGAAACACCCCUUCUAAAACUCCAGCUAGGCGCCUGAAGUUAAUCAGCUCUUUUAACUUCUCAAUUCCAUUAAAUUUAUGGGUAAAUUUAUGGGUGAAUUUGUAUUUGAUAGUGGUGCUUAGAGUGUUUAUUUUUAUUUUGACUUAACACAAGCUAUUCUCAGUUUUUGUGACCUUGCUAUGCUGCCAUAAUUGUGACUGUGCCAGAUUCCUAUUCAACCAUCUGCCACAACGUUUUUGAACAUGAGGAAUUGUGGACCCUCUGUAAGAAAUUUUUUAAAACUUGUGUACAGGAUCAGGUUUAUAGCUAUUAAAAACUGUAAGAAUUAUGGGAUUGAGCAAAAAUGUUGGCUGGGAUAACUUGUUAAAAAAUAUUUAUUGCUGAACUGUUGAUGUUUCUUUUUUUUAAUAGCAGACAAAUAUUUCAGAUGAUGAGGAAGUUGAGAGAGAACAGAGCAGCAGCAGUUGGCUGGGAUUGUUAAAGUAUUCCCUGUUUCUGUUAGUUCCUGGAUUUCUUAAUCAUGCCGCUCUGUUCCGAGAAGGAGAUGUGCUACGACCACCAGGUCAGAGUCAAAACUUCAAUCCCAUAAAUUUUUUACUAAAGUAGUAUUUUUGGAGUAAUACUUCAAUGGGUGCAUGAAGAAAGGCUCAAGUCAGUGGCAGAUCCAGACUUUCAGUUAAGGGGGUGGGGGGUCUGAAAAAAAUUUUUUGGGCCCUUUGGGCCUCAGUUUGGUUGCAAAGUUAGUUGACACUCAGGACCCCCGCGCCCCUCCUUGGAUCUGCCGCUGCUAGUUAUUCUUGGUCUAAUUUCACUUGUGGCUUUAUUUCAGUCACCCUUUGAACUGGGAGGGAAAUUCUGAUAGAAAUAGAGUCAUUCUGUCAAGUAACCAUCUUGUUUUUUCUUUUUAACUAUCACACCAUUGAUAAGUACACUGCAACAGUCAUAACUACAUGUAUCAAUCUCAGCUGAAUUAAUGUUUCAAACAUUUAGCUUUGCACUUUUAUAUGGCUUUGGCAUGACUUAUAUCAGUGAUUCAUGCUGGUAUGAGCUCAUGCUUCAGCGGUUUGGUUUUAAAUUUAUUAACAUCAUCAGUGAUUUUGUUACAAAUAGUUAUAUGGUGAGUCCUAGGACUCAUCAACAACAACAAGUUUAUUUCAAAUUAAGUAUAGUUUACAAUCUUGUGCCGCCAUAAACAAACCAAUGAGUCCCAGUUCAAAAAGACAAGGAGUCCUAAAUUGAAAAUACUUGGGCCUUUACAGUGUAUGUGACCAGUCAGUUAAUGUGGAGACAGAUGCCAAAACUCUUUAUCACAGUUUACUGUUCAAAAAUUAAAAUAUAGUCCUUUUAUAUAUUUAGAGCACAAAAAGACUAAAAUAAACAUGCAUCUUUAAGCAACAGCCACAGAAAUCACACAAACAGGUUAUUCUACGAAAAAAUCUUCAAAUUGAGGGAUGGUCCUUUGGAUCCUACCGGGCGUAUGCCUUGAAUUACAUUUAUAUUGCAUCUUUGCGGAUUUUUAUGUGUCAGGGAUGCAGGACGCAGAGGUAACAAAAUCACUGCAUCAUAGCAGAAACUAAGAAUGAGUCAUACGGAUACCGCUUAUCGUGGUAGCAUUUUCAAGAUUUUGGAUCUGGCAUGGGACUGGUUAGGGACAAAAAGGGUUUUCUGGAAGAGUGGAAUACUAACUUGCGCAAUCAGUGCUAAGAAAUUUUUGUCAGAGUGUAGCAUAUCAUCAAGUUUGAUGUGCCUGCCCCAGUAAAUACUUUUUUCAAAUUCUGCAUGCCUAUUUUUGAGGUUCAGCCUUGUGGAUUGAUCUAAUCAAUGGCAAUAUAUAUGUGCAUUAUUUUAUAGGUGAACUUUAUGAUAUUGGUUGGAAGCAGAAACUCUUCAUGGGUUGCUCUGGGCGUGGUCCACCCACUGUCAUUUUUGAUGCCCCCACAGGUCAGUCAUCAGAUGCUUGGGCACUGAUUGCACCUGAAAUUGCCAAGAUUGCCAGAGUAUGUAUUUACGAUAGAGCUGGUUUAGGAUUCAGUGACAGACCUUUAGUCAACUGGUCAGAUCCACAGCAAGCAAAAAGAGGCAAAUUAUCAACCAGUGAGAGAAUGGUGGAGGAUUUCCAUCGGUUAUUCGCGUUAAGCUCUGAUCAGCCCAAACCUUUCAUACUAGUAGGUGCAGAAUUAGGAGCAGUCAACGCAAGAUUUUUCACGAAUAUGUUUGAGAACGACGUGGAAAGUUUGGUGUUGAUAAAUCCUCUGGCUGAGGAGGGAUUGUUUGGUGAAGAGUGGACACAAAUGUGGUAUGAGCGAUAUGCUUCCUCUCAGCAAGCACUGCAAUUUUCUGCGGCAGUAGGGAUCACUAGAAUAGCGCUGAUUUUUGGUUUAAUGAAACCGCCGAUGCAGCACAAACUUCUGUCUUCCAAUGUGACUAUGCGACAGAAACACCUGCUUUGUAAACCUGGUCAUCUUAGUGCGGCGGUUGAUGAAUUUUUCUUCGCAAACGAAAGCUUAGCGCAGCUGAGAAUGUUGCGAAAGCUGAAGCCGUUUCCGCAGUCAGCCACUGUCUCAGUCAUCAGUAGUGCAUUAUAUGAUGAAAAGCUGAGUAGAGAGUUAAAUCAGGUAAAUUUAUAAUAUAUAUACAACAUCAGAGAGUGAUAUUUUUUAAGUCUCUAACGACCUGACUACCAAAAAGUCGGGUCGACUUGUUCUUUGAAAUGUCGUCACCACCCGAACUGAUCGUCGCGAUCUGUCACCAUCUGGCGACCCCCUCUUUCAACAUCAGAGAGUAAUAUUCUUCUAAGUGUCUCACGACCUGACUACCAAAAGGUCGGGUCGACUUGUACAUAGAUGAGACUUUACCGCCCAAUCGGACUAGCACUGUGCACUGACCCUGGGACCCUGGAGUAUUUUAGAUUUACCAAAUCAGUUGAAUAAGAAAAGUUAUUUUUUGUAAAUAAAAAACCUCAGUCUGUAAAAGCUUUGCUUGCAUUUUAAAUGAAAGUACUCACAAAUAUUUCGGAGAUUUUGUCCAGUGCAUUUAAAGGUGCGGUAAAACAGGCAACUGAAAAAUGGUUCUGUUUGGUUCAAAAAGUGGCGGGAGAAUCUUCAGCCUGUUACAGAGCGAAGCAAUGCAGUAUCAAGGGUUUACGAAAGUGGUUUUCGACAAUCAAGUCAUUUUUCACCGUCUUAAACACUUUGGGUCGGUUAUUUAAACGAAGUCUAACUUAGACCGCGGUUUAAGGAAAAUUCUUUGGACAUCCAGAUCUCCUACUUAGUGGGUUAUUUUAAGAAGGCAAAUGCUUAUCUAGUCUUCUUUAUACGCUUUCAUGACGAUAAGUGGUGUUUACAUAAAAGCGUUGGGCAAACUGACAAUGGCUUAGAACGCGUUUUUGAUAAACAGUUGUUGGGUUCACAUUAGACCACUAAGUCUGACUUAGUAAUCUCUUAAGUCGACUUAGUGAAAAUGACAGGUGUGAACCGCUAAGUCACAGAAGCGUGAUUUCUGUCUUAGUGUCGGCAAACUCAAACGACCUAAGCAGUUCUUAAGUCUGUUUCAAACAUGACUUAAAGCUGACUUAAGAAACCUGAUAGCAAAAAGAUUUCAAAAUCGUGGGUUUUAUCAGAUAGAUAUUCCCGCGUUAGGCGCCAAAAGUAAAGAAAUCACGAUACAGUUUCUUCUCACGAACAAAAUUAACUGAAGAUGCCUCGCCGAGAGGACGAAACGUUAGAAGGCAAUUACGCUACCGACUUUUCACCUUAUGCGACGUAAGUUGCGUGGCUUGGUCACUUUUUUAUUGGCCUACGUAAGUGUCAUUUUCUUUUCUUAUCAUUUUCCUCGCCGAUUUCCCAACAGAUCUGAAGCACGGGAACAUAAGAUUUUGUAAGGUUAUUUGGCUGAUCAACCUUUUUAAAUUUAAUAAACAGACAACAGUCGCAAUUACAGCGAUUUUACGGCUUCUCGGUCUCAUUUUGAUCUCAACUUCUUCGCUAAAAUGGAUCGUGACUACCUCACCACAUUUAUGAUGUUAGUUACCUUAUCUGUUAUUUUUAUCGUUAAUGAUGACAGCUUUGCACGGAAAGAAUUUGUCUUCUAGAUAUGUCUGAACGCUUAAGCGGACUUAGGGUGACUUGGCUUGACUUAGGCUAAGACAGACUUAGUGCCUAGUGUGAACCCAACAACUGGCUAAACUCUGUUUAAGGUGAUUCCAUAGUAAAAGAACCUAACAUAGAUUGUAGCUAAAACUUGGUACACUGAUGUAACAAGUCAAGAAGAUGAUAAAAAAGUAAUAAAAAGUGGGGGUCACCGUGCUCGUUUUGACGUCACAAUACUGACAAAUACGGCUAUUUAGGACCCUUUUACAAAAACCGCGGGCAGCUCAAAACUAGACAAAAAGGAGAGAUUUUUUCGAUGAUGCAUGUGGCAUCACACAGAAUUUGACUUUAAUGUAUUGUUUAUCCACUUACGUACCAGAAAAAUACAUUUUAAUGCCCUUGUUUUUACUUUACGCUCCAAAGUAGAAUUAAAUUGGACGCACGCUUUUCGACCCGUGAUGGCUCAAUCCGUACAAUUUAGUAAAAUUGCCAAAAAACUGAACAUACAUUUGUGCCAAUUUUUUGCUCAUCGAAAGAAAGCACGGUCCUUAUUAAAAUCAUGAAAUAAAAAAUGGGGGUCACCGUACUCGUUUUUGCGGUAGAGCUGCAGAAAGUGCGCACCAAACGCAUUUUCUCCGAUUUUUGAGAGAGGACUGGGGCGAAUUUCAAAACAGAAGGUAUGUGAAAGGGGGAGAAAGUAUUAAAAAAUCCGUUUUUACAGAAUUUUCAUCGAGAUAUCACAUUUAGGACACAAUGUGAUAAAGAAAGUGUUUAAAUGAAAAUCAAAGUGAGUAAGCACAAGUUAAACAUCCACUAUCGAGGUUCUCAGAGAGGAGGUCGAACUCAGCAAUGCGCGUACUGCUUACGUUAUGCACAUUCCCAACACAUUGAGUCUCACCUCGGCAAGAAACAACAGCAAGCAAAUAUUCCAAUAGCGUUUCUCUUCAGUCAACUUCAUUUUUAUAAUAUUACUUUGUAUGCUCUUUUUUACGGCGGCCAUCUUGUUAUGCGCAGUAAGAGAUGCACAGUGCAAAACUAGGGAAUCACCUUAAAUAACUGACCCUUUGUUUUCUUUUUCCAUUUUUGAUUUCAGGUGUGGUCAAAAUCUCAGGAUCAGGUUUCAAGUGUGUUACAUCCAGGAAGUGAAAGAACUAACCUAUCUGGGACUGCUCAAUCCGCUCUUUUACAGCACUAUAACACGAUCGUGAAAGUGGUUAAAAGACAUGUUGAAAAAUGCAACCAGAAACAACUUAAACUUAAACGCUUUUAAAUUGUGAGAGAAAACAUUUUGAAAAACGCCUAGAGGACUUGAGAAUAUUUUGUAGUUAAAAAAAGAGAAAGAGAGAUAAGAAAUUUUCACUGUAAAG